AAGACAAGUCUCGUUUCUUUGACGUCGGCCUACAACUCUACAGUUGACCUGUUCUCGAUAAUUCACCCAAAAUCUAUAAGAAUCUUGAGUGUGAGGCUGAGACAAAGAUACUGUUUGGACAAUCUUCCAAUUGACAACGGGGGUUCUUUGGAAAUUGCCUGCUAUUGCCUUCCCGUUUGUUUACUUAGAAGUGAUUGCUAAGUUGCCUGAGGCAGGACAAAAGACUGAAAAGUGGCCAUGUACGCGUGUGGACCCUACUCUUCUACCCCAAGCUCUACCACAUUAUUAGAAGAAGAAGAUCACCAUGAGAGGGAGGACUCCACUGUUCGUAAGAAGGACAAAAAGAAGCACAAGCACAAACACAAAAACAAGCACAAGCACAAGCAUAGCAGCAGUGAACGUUCUCACAAGCACAAGAAAAAGAGACACAGCUCUCCUGAUAGCAUUGAGGGACAACAUAUUGACCUGCCAAAGAAGCCGCGGUUGGACGGUCAUGAUGAUCCGGAGCUGCAGAAACUCGAAGCUGCUCGCAGGGCUCUCAAAGCUGAGCUUAAUGGUCGGGAUGAUGAAAGUGCCUUUCGAGCCAUGUCGCUUAUUGCUAAGGGUUAUGUUACCGACUCAGAGGAAGAAGAGGGAGAAGUGGAGCAUGAAAACCUCAAGGAAGAUAUGAGAAAGGCCAGGGAGGUUCUGGAACGUAUUGGAAAUAAAUCAUCCACUCAAGUGCCUGUGGACAGUGUAAACAGUAGGAAUGUCUAUGCACAGCGCAAGGACUUUACACACUUUGAAGAUUUCAAAAUAUCAAAAUCUAGAGAUGAAAUAGGGGAUAGUGAAGAGGAGGCCAUGGUGAAGUCAGAUAGCAAGAGACAGAUUAGUAGAGAUGAUGAUAGUUUACAACAUCGUAGUGUUAGGGAAUCUUCAUUACAGGGAAGUGACAGUAGCCAGUUAUUAGAUGAAGGACUAGAGAUGCUUGAUAGCGUUGGAAUUUCUACUGGAAAAUCUACCUCAGGGAACAAACUGAACCCUUCUCUCGCUGCACGACUGGGACCUGAAGUUAAUUCUGUUCACGCCAAGGUGCAAAGCUUAGUUAAUUCCUCCAAGACGAAGGCACCAUCUUCGGAGGAGACCAGGAACCAACUCAAUGAUAAUCAUUAUCAGCAGCAGCAGCAGCAGCCGCAGCAACCACCCCUACCACCUGAAGAUCGAUCCAAACAGCAAAAUCGUUCGUUACCGAAAGGCAAACUUGAAGGUAAAGAGAACCGUGUGGUGGAGAUCUUAGAUAGUGACCAAGAGGAGGGACAAACUAAGGAAGAGAUGGAAGUUAUCCAGAUAGAUGACGAUGACGAGGUACCAAAUCGACGUUCUGAGAAGCGGAGGCGGCAAAAGUCCCAACGCCGUGCUGACCCGGAUAUCACCAUAGUGGAAGAAAAAUCUUUUGGUCUUCCAUCUAAAAAGAAGGGUGACAAAUCAAAGAAAAAGAAAAGCCCCUCAAGGAAAGAUACAUCCAAGGAUAGGUCUGUAUCAAGCAAGGACAAGGAACUUGCCAGAGGUAGGAAAGAAGGCUCAAGAAAGUCUGAUGAGCCAAAGCGCAAGAGGGAAGAGGCUCAAAGGAAAGAUAUUAAAAAGGAUGAGUUGCGCAGAGAAGAACCAAGAAGAGAUGAGCGACGAGACGAUCGUAGGGAGGAGAUUCGAAGGGGCCCAGAGGAUCGGUGGAGAAGAGGAGGAGCCCCAGAGGAACCGUGGAGAAGAGGGGAUUCAAGAGACAGAAGAGAAAGAGAAGUGGAACAGGAGGAAAGAGGCCGGGUGGAGAGGAGAAGAGAUGACAUGCGCCCACCAGAUAGAGGAGGGAGGAGGAGAACGCCAAGUCCUUUUAUGGGCAGAAGAUACCGGGAUGCCCCAGAGAGAGGGAGGGACAGAGACCGUCGGGGAAGGUCAUCGGAGAGGGAUAGAGACAGGGACGAAUCCAAAGACCCCCAGGACAAGUUCAAAGACAGUCUGUCAGAGGGCUUGGCCUUACAGAAUGAAGAGUCAGAAGAGGAAGAGCUUGAUAUUGAUUUUGAUGAUGAUGAGGAAGAUGCAGACGCCAUCAUUGAAAGAAGACGUAAGGAGAGGCAGGCACUGUUAGAGAACUUGAAGGCGACAAACCCCACAGAAGUAGCAGGGCUGGAGAGUCUCGACGGAGGGACAAUGGGAACUAAUGUUGAAGCUGAAAGUAAACCCAUGGAAACAGAGGAGGAACAAGAAAGGAGAAUACAGUCUGAGAAAGAAAUGAAAGAGUUGUAUGGUGAAGACUACGGCGGUGAUCUUGAGAUAAUCAGCAACGGAGACCCCCAGUCCAGAGGUCCUUCCACUCCUGCGGGCCCUGGCAGCUCCCACAGUGGCAGUGUCAGCCGCAGCCGCACAGAACGCAGCCAGAGCAACGAUCGGGCCGGCCCCAGCAGUCGCGACACCAGCCGUAGCCGUGGACGGGACGAUCGAAGCCGUAGCCGCGGACGGGACGAUCGCAGCCAGAGCUUGGACAGGGGUAGUAGGAGCUCCAGUCGCCACAGUGAGCGAAAGAAGCGCGGCCGCAGUAGGGACCGGAGGAGUGGCACUGGCAGUUCAAGUGACGACAGUUCGGACAGUGACAGCGACAGCAGCGUCAGCUCUGGGCGGGAGGGCUCGGACAAGAAGGACAAGAGGGGGGACAGCAACAAAGCGAAGACGGAGGGCACAAGUGAAACUGACAAUGCCCAGAGUGCUGACGUGAAGGAGGAAGGGAAAGAAGAAGGCAGUAAAGAAGAAAAAAAUGAUGAGACUAAAGCCAAGAAACCAGGAGACUUGGUGGAUAUGUUUGCGGACACAGAGGACAUGUUUAGUGAAAAUUACAAUAGCCCUGGCCUGCGCAGAGGUUUGCUGGGUGUGGCGGAGAAUCCCAAUCUCACUGACAACUGGGACGACGCUGAGGGAUACUACAGGGUGAGGAUCGGUGAAGUUCUGGACAAACGUUACUCUGUGUUUGCGUACAAGGGCCAGGGCAUGUUCAGUAAUGUGAUGUUGUGUCGCGAUGCUGCUCGGAGCAACUCGGAGGUGGCCAUCAAGGUCAUCAGGAACAAUGAAAUGAUGCUGAAGACAGGCAUGAAGGAGCUGGAGUUCCUGCGUAAGCUCAACGAUGCUGACCCUGACGACAAGUACCACUGCCUGCGUCUCUACAGACACUUCUUCCACAAGCAGCAUUUGUGUUUGGUGUUUGAGCCGCUCAGUAUGAACCUGCGUGAAGUGUUGAAGAAAUAUGGCAAAGACAUAGGUCUGCACAUCAAAGCUGUCCGGUCCUACAGUCAGCAACUCCUGCUUGCCUUGAAACUGUUGCGGAAAUGCAGCAUCCUGCAUGCAGAUAUCAAACCAGACAACAUCCUGGUGAACGAGUCUAAAAUGGUUUUGAAGCUUUGUGACUUUGGUUCGGCAUCACAUGUAUCAGAGAAUGAUAUCACCCCGUACCUGGUCAGCCGUUUCUACCGAGCACCAGAAAUCAUUCUUGGACUGGGUUAUGACCACAACAUCGACACCUGGUCGGUGGGCUGCACGCUGUACGAGCUGUACACAGGUAAGAUCCUCUUCCCCGGCACCAGCAACAACGACAUGCUCAAGACCAUCAUGGACUACAAGGGUCGGAUCCCCAACAAGAUGAUCCGCAAGGGCAUGUUCAAGGAGCAGCACUUUGACUCCUCCUACAACUUCCUGCACCACGAGAUGGACAAGGUCACCCAGCGGGAGAAAGUGACUGUCCUGACGUCCAUCAACGCCACCAAGGAUAUGUUGGCCGACAUGGUUCCCUUUGGUCGGGUGCCUGAGGACCAAUUGCGCAAAGUGACACAGCUCAAGGACCUCCUGGAGAAACUUCUCACCGUGGACCCAUCCAAACGCUUGGGCAACAGUCAGUCUCUGACACAUCCCUUCAUCUCUGAGAAGAUCUGAUAAGUGUAUGUUGAUCUGUCCAACAGACAGAGGCAUUGAUGUAUGCACCUUCAGACUAUGUUGGGUAGGACAAAAGACAGAAUGUGGGUGUACGUUAGUCUCUCAUGCUCACACACGCACACACAAGUGCGCGCACGUGCACACACAAACACACACACACACAUACACACACACACACACUCUCACACAGAACUUAAUACGCCCCCCUCAGUCCGCGUGGAGUAUAACAAAAGAGAAAGUGUUGGUGUUUGUCUCAUUCAACCACACACACACACACACACACACAUACACACACACACACACCUUUGUAUGUCCCCACCAACUGUGUGGGGGAAGACAGAGGAGAUUGGAUGCAUGUUGAUGAAUCACGUAUAUGGUCUCACAGAUCAUCAUACACACCCAGAUUAAGUGAAGUAAAAUGAAGAUCCGAAUUUGUGCUCAGUCUGCUGCCGCUCGGAUUGCAUUCUGCCUUUAUGUAAUGUAUGUGUCGUAAUAUUUUAUUUUUUUUAAAAGGAAGUUUUAUGUUCCCAACUCUUAACUGUUUAUGAACUUUGAUGUUGCAAAGUCUUUGGGAUUGCUAAGGGACAUGAGUGGUGCGGGGAAAGUUAUGAUUACUGCUGUAGUAUUGCACGUUCACAAGUUUAUGUUGUUUUAUUUUUGGCACAGUACAAUUUCUGUGGCAAAAGUGAUGAGAUCUCAAAAAAUUAAUCUUGUAUUGAAAUAUUUAGAAUGCAGAACAGUUGCGAUUUUGUAGUUUUUAAAAUUUGGACGUUUGGCUAAACUGUUGAAGAGUGCAUUGCUUUACAAUUUUCUUCUUUGUGCAAAAUUUCUUAAUGGUUCUGCUGAUUAUUUCUGAGAUUACUGGUUAUUUCUUAUACUGCUUAUCUAAGUAUUUCUUUGCAAGCAGUGCAAUCUCUGAGCACUCAAUGACACAGAGAGGACUCGUUGCUAGUGCAGUGUGAUGGCUGGCUUCCAUGAAGCAGAUUUAGGAACUGUAGGUGCCUGAUGGAGGGUCCUAGUCUUAAUUUCUUCUUGUAGGGUUGGAAGUUUUUUCUUCUCAGUAUUCGUCUAGGCUAGUUGUCUCCCUGGUGUCCAGUGGUGAGUGUUGUGUAAAUACUCUCGUAUGUUCCUUUUUAUGCUUGAAGUCAAAAGUGUUAAGUAUUAAGUACCAUAUUUUAAAAAAAAAGAACAACAAAAAACUGUAAGCUUAUUUCAGGGCUGCAAAGUGUGCGUGUAGGGGAUUUGUACAUUUUUGUCUUUAUGAAAAAGGGGGUGGGGUGGUGGUGGUUGUUAUUGAGUUUCAUUAAGCCCUUAUUUGAUUUUGCUCAGUGUGGAUGAGACUGAAGUUGUUGACAUUUGAGCGGUUGUGCGAUUGAGUUUGAUGAUUAUGUUGUUCUAAAGAGAUUGGAUGAAAUAAGAAUACACAAGUUUGUUUGAAGCCCUCCUGAACUCCUCAGAGUUGGGAUCAAAACCAUACUGUUUCUGGUUUCACCUUUUGUCUUGCAGCCUGUUGCCAGUGAGCCUGAGCAUCAAUCUGUUUGUGGCGAGGAUUUAUUGCCUUGGGCUGCCCUUGUGAGACAGUUAACAUGCUGGUGUACAUUCCAUUAACUUGCAAGUGUGGAAGUUUGUUUUCUUUUUGCUUGUGCUUCUGUCAUUUUUGGAACCUCUCGUCCACAAAGUUAACUGGUUUGGGGAUGCUGAAAAGUGUAAAGUCUUGAAUCGUGAAUAACUUCACAUAAAAGUUUCACUUCAAAGCAUUUAAGCUUGCUUUCUAUUGGUACAAAGCUGUAUGAGGGCAUUGAAAGGGAAGAGGGAAAAGUUACAUUAUUUUGAAUUGUUAAUUUGUUUUAUGGGGUUCUAUUUCUUUAAAUUGACUCUGUGGUUAUUUAGAGAUUAUUCUGGAAUAACAGCCAAGACAGGGCUGUAUAAAAAGUAAGCUGAUAGCUCCGUCAUUUGUUUUUUGUUAUUUAUGUAUGCUCUUUGGAGUAUUCAGUUUUGUUAUGUAAAUGAUAUUUGUUGAAUGACGUACCAUGUACAUUGGAAGUGGAUUUGGUUGAGUGUAUUCCAACUUCAAACUGUCAGUCCCAGUAAAAGAAGGUGGGACUUGCUAUAAAGUUAUGGUGGGUUUGUGGUAUCAUUAUGUGCUGUUUUCAACAUUAGUCUUUUGCCCUGUUUUUCUUUUCCUCAUGCAAUUGGAGCCAUUGCCUUCACUUGAGCCUGUGGUUUCGGCAACUGCUGGCAGGGUCAUCUUGCAUUAUUGUCGUGGACCAGUGUGUGUCGAGGCCAUCGCCACCUGUCAGAUCGAAGGUGAAGGUUCUGCAGAUGAUGACAGCGAGCUCUUAAAGGUUAUGAUUAACUCAGACCCUUGUCGUUUUUAUGUGUUUGUAUGAGAUAGAAACAUUCAUGCUGUUCAUUAAUUAAAGAAAGACUCAUUUUUUCCAUACUCAAGACAGUAACUAGGGAAAUAGAGACGUUUGUUGCACGUGCUUAGCCGUGGUAAAUUGUGUUAGAAGGGGAAAUAUGAGGAGCAUUUCUUUCUUUUUGUUUUGUUUUUUCUAAUUUUCUAAAACUGUUUCCCCUUGGGUUUUCUUGGAUACUUCAAAAUUAUGUGGGGUGAGUGUAAGGGGGAAAAAAAGAUAAUGUGAAGAGUGUGCUUGGAGAGAAUGGGGGGGGGGGGGGGUUAGUAGAAAGAUUUUGAGAUUCUGAACAAAGCAGGAUUUUGGGCAACUUGACAUUGCAAAAUGAAGAUAAAAAGUUAAAAAUUCGUGGGAAAAAAUGUUUUAGUGUGUGUGGGGGGGGAGGGGGGGGGGGAGACACUUUAAGGUAAUUUUCAUGAGAAUUAGUUUCUAUGAAAUCUAUGUGUUUGUUCUGUUCUUCCUUCUGUCCUGUGUCCCACUUCAGGUUCUUGCUCCUGUCUAUAGUUCUCCAACACAUACAGUGCUUUUUACAAAAAUUCAAUCAACUUGAGCACAUGGUUUGCUAAACGUUUUUUACAAACUUCAAACUCUGAGCAUGGCUUCAACUGUGAUUUCUUCAUUUUAGCCAAAAAAAAAAAAAAAAUUGUUUAAGAAAAGAAGUAAUGCCUACAGCUCAAACAUUAUGGAUGUAUGAUUGUAUUUUUUAAAUGAAGGAGAGAAAAAUUAUGGAAGAAAAUGAGGUUUCAUUGCUCAAAAUACUAGCCAGUGUAAAAGUUUUCUUCGUCUGGAAGAAUGAUGGUAAUCGCGUUGGUGAAGCCUUCUCCUUUUUAUGCGCUUGAUCUAGGAUGUGUUGUAGAGCUAUGGCAGGCCGCCAGUGGCACAUGUUCUCUCAUGACUUUGCUUUCAUUGUUUCAGGUAAGUGGAUGAAGAUGAAGAUGUGUGUGGCCGAGAGAAGCCCUCCCAGUUGAUGGCACAACACACAGGGGCAUUGUGUGUUCCCAGUGGCGCAGUGAGAGCUUUGUGUAUUGUGUGUGUGUGUGUGUGUGUGUGUGAGUGUGUGUGUGUACUGCAAGCAGCUGGUCCUUUAGGACCAGGUCAGGGCAUGCUGGCAGGUUAAAGUGCAGAGUUUUCUGGAAGUGAUCUUGUCAUAUUUUCGGGUGAAUCCUUCUUUUGUUAUUUGAUUAAAUACAGUGUAUGUUAUCUUGUCAGAUGUACAGUUCAUGAGAUGAAUUAAAGUAAGAUUUGACUUUUUGAACUAAA